AUGAUGCACGUUAGAGAUGCACAAUGUAGUUCGCUGCUUGCAUCUACUCCUGUUGUUUCAUCGAAAGGUGGAUCCACGACGGAGCUAGAAACCUCUGGAGCGAGAGCACCUCUUGCCAACAUCCGAUAUCCUACUCCUAUCCGUCGAUCUGCUGCAAAAGUACGUCUGAAGCAGGUCAGCAAAAUUCCUCUAGAAGAGACUCCACAACCAACAACCUUGCGACCCCUCACAGUAUCGCAAGAUGACCAGAGCGUCCUCUGGAAUAAGAAGACCCACGACAUGUUCUAUGCUUUAUUGGAUAUCGUGGACUGCAUCAAGAGAAAGCUAGAUCGAAUGGAGGACUGCUUCAUUUCACUUCUUCUUUAG